AUGCCAUCUUUCUCAACUCUCGCAUUCCCCUUCCUCCUUUUCUUCCCACUUCUCGUCUUCUCCAAACCACCUCCACCACCACCACCCCCUCAAGCAUCGAACACCACUCCCUCCACUUCAGAAAUCUCCGCCCUCAUUGCAUUCCGCUUCACCCUCCAGGACCCCCUCGGCGCCCUCUCCAACUGGGACCCCUCCUCCCGCAACGCCCCCUGCUCCUGGCGCGGCAUCCUCUGCUCCCCUUCCUCCCCUCACGUCACGGAGCUCCGCCUUCCCCGCCUCCGCCUCUCCGGUCCCAUCUCCCCACGCCUAUCCUCUCUCUCCCAUCUCACCCACCUCAGCCUCCGCUCCAAUCUCCUCAUCGGCACCAUCCCCUCCUCCCUCUCCCAUCUCCCUCACCUCCGCUCCCUCUUCCUCCAACACAACUUCCUCUCUGGUCAUUUUCCUUCCAAUCUCUCCUCUCUCCAGGUAUUCUCCAUCGCCGGCAACUUCCUCUCUGGAUCUCUCCCCGCUUCCCUUCCCCCCACACUCCGCUUUCUUGACCUAUCCUCCAACUCCUUUUCGGGCUCCGUUCCUUCAAACUUCACUAACUCUGCCCCUCGGCUUCGGUUCCUAGAUCUCUCUUACAACCGCCUCGGCGGCACCGUUCCGGCGGGGCUGAGCCAGCUCCAGUUCCUCCUUUACCUCCGCCUCGAUGACAAUCUUCUCGAAGGAACGAUUCCCGCCGUGCUUGCUAAUUGCUCCUCCAUUCUUUAUCUCAGCUUGCAAGGCAACAAUCUCCGCGGCAUUCUGCCUGCCGCGGUCGCGGGGAUACCGACUCUCCAGAUCCUUUCCCUUUCACGCAACGGCCUCUCCGGCUCCAUUCCUUUCUCCGUCGUAUUCAAUUCAUCCGCGGCCUCUGCCGCGCAUCUUCGAAUACUGCAGUUGGGGCACAAUGCAUUCACAGACAUGGCGCUGGCGCAAGAAGACAGUACUAAUGUUGCAGCGUUUUCCAGUGUUCUUCAAGUACUGGAUAUCAAAGAGAAUGGGAUUCAUGGCCAAGUCCCGGCAUGGAUUUUCAAUGUGUCGACAUUGGCCGUCUUGGACCUUUCUGGCAACUCAUUCUCCGGCCCUCUCCCGCCAGAAGUUGGGCGGUUAUCGGCGGUGCGUGAGAUGAGGAUAGGAAAUAAUUUCUUGACUGGCCCUGUUCCUGCGGAGAUCGGAGAAUGUGCAUCGAUUCAAGUGCUUGAUUUGGAAGAGAAUCGAUUUUCCGGCGAGGUGCCGGAUGUUUUUGGGACGCUUUCUGGUCUGACGAAUCUCUACCUCGGUGGAAACAGAUUCUCUGAUCUGAUUUGGGCGAGCCUUGCCAAACUUUCCCAGCUGGAAUCGCUUUCUCUUUUUGGGAAUCGUUUUAUCGGGGAGUUUCCAGAGGAUCUCACAAAGCUGGGGAACCUAACCUUCCUUGACCUGUCCGGCAAUGCGCUUACCGGCGAGAUACCGGAAACGAUCGGGAGGCUACAUAAACUUCAGAACUUGAAUUUAAGCUGCAACAGCUUCUCCGGCAGUGUUCCGGCGAUGAUAGGAAGCUUGUCUGAUUUGAGGACAUUGGACAUCAGCGAGCAGAAGAAUCUCUCUGGCGAACUGCCAGUAGAGCUCUUUGGGCUACCGACGCUUCAGGUGAUUUCUUUGGCCGGCAAUUCGUUCACUGGCAAUGUCCCCGAAGGAUUCAGUAGCCUCUGGAGCUUAGAGCAGCUGAACCUUUCAUCAAAUUCUUACUUUGGCUCCAUACCAGCAACCUACGGCUACCUUCCGUCACUGCAAAUUCUCUCGCUUUCCAAUAACCAUAUUUCCGGCACGAUUCCGGCCGAGCUCAGCAAUUGCUCCAAUCUAACCAUUCUCGAUCUCCGCUCCAACCAACUGUCCGGCGCCAUUUACCCUGAUCUCUCAAAACUGUCAAAUUUGGUGGAACUCGACCUUGGCCGAAACCUUCUUUCCGGCAAAAUCCCACCAGAUAUCUUGCGGUGCUCUUCGUUGGUGAUUCUCCGGCUGGACAUGAAUCAUCUCUCCGGCGAAAUACCAAGCUCAAUUUCAAACCUCUCCGAGCUCCAUGUGCUCGACCUUUCAACAAAUAAUCUAACAGGCAUGAUCCCAACCAGUCUCUCUCUCAUGCCCGCCCUGCUGCAUCUGAACCUAUCAAACAAUAAUCUCCAGGGUGAAAUCCUUGGAGCACUCAGCUCUCGCUUCGAUGACCCGUCCGCAUUCGAAGGCAACCCCGGCCUCUGCGGGAAGCCAUUAGAUGCAGAAUGCGCCGGAGAGCGGAGGAAGAGACGGCGCAAGAAGAUAGAACGCUUGUUUCUCCUAAUCGGCCUGGUUGCGGCCACAGCCGUCGCCCUCGCCCUCCUCUGCUUUUGCUGCGUCUUCGCCAUGCUGCGAUGCAGAAGGCGCUUUCUCGACCUCCGAAACGGCGUCAAGAAGCGCAGCCCUGGCCGUGGAAGUGGGUCAAGCAGCGGCGGCGAGAACAGCACAAGUCCCAAGCUGAUAAUGUUCAACAACAAAAUCACCUACGCCGAGACGCUGGAAGCCACCAGAAAUUUCGACGAAGAGAAUGUCUUAAGCCGCGGCCGGCACGGGCUGGUCUUCAAAGCCAGCUACAACGACGGUGCCGUGCUGUCGAUCCUCCGCCUGCCUAACUCGUUCAAUGAAGCCGCGACAGAAACAGCAUUUCGCAAAGAAGCAGAGUCGCUCGCCAAACUGAAGCACCGCAACCUCACGGUUCUCCGAGGAUAUUACCCCGGCCCUCCGCAGGACGCCCGGCUUCUGGUCUACGACUAUAUGCCGAACGGCAGCCUAGCGACGCUUCUCCAAGAAGCGUCCCACCAAGACGGGCACGUCCUCAACUGGCCAAUGCGCCAUCUCAUCGCUCUCGGCGUGGCCCGCGGCCUCGCCCACCUCCACACCUCCGGCAUUGUCCACGGCGACGUCAAACCUCAAAACGUCCUAUUUGACGCUGACUUCGAGCCGCACGUGUCUGACUUCGGGCUUGAGCUGCUGGCGGCAACGCCGGCGACGGGGGCCUCCACGUCAGUAGGUUACGCGGCGCCGGAUGAGUUGGAUACGAAGGAGGGUGACGUUUAUAGCUUCGGGAUCGUGGUGUUAGAGCUGCUGACGGGAAAAGGGCCGGGAAUGUUCGCCGGAGAAGAGGAAGAUAUUGUCAAAUGGGUGAAACGGCAGCUACAGAAUGGGACGGUUGGGGAGUUGCUUGUGCCGGGGUUGCUGGAGCUGGACCCGGAGUCGUCGGAGUGGGAGGAGUUUCUUCUCGGCGUUAAGGUCGGGCUUCUCUGCACGACGCCCGGCGCCGGCGACCGGCCCACCAUGGCUGACGUCGUGUUCAUGUUAGAGGGAUGCAGGGUGGGGCCCGAUAUACCUUCAUCGGCCGGGCCCACCACGUCCCCUCCCUCCCCUUCCCCGGCAUGAGGCUCGAGACGACACGAUCGUAUUACUGGUUUCGUCGUCAUUUGAUGUUUUAUCUGAUUGGAUAGAUUUAUUUUUAUUCUAUUUAAUUAUUACCAUUUUUUGGCAUCCACGUCGGAAGGAGGGUCCGGCGAAGCCUGCAGUGGCAGCUUUCACCCGCCAGACAAGGAGGGAAGAAGGAAGACGCCAAGGGCAGGGAAAGUAGCCGUUGGAUUUUGGGGGGAAACGGUAGUCCGUCAAUGGUGAGCGCGAUUCUUGAUGAGAUGAAGCAGAUUUCAUCAGAGGUAUGAUGUCAAUAAUUUGAGAUCAGAAGAAGGAAAGCUGGGAUUGUUGUGGGACCUUUUUGAUUGUUGAUUUAAAAAGAAAAAAAUUAACGGUUCUAUAUUUAAAUUUAUUUCCUAUUUCUAAGCAGAUUGCGGUCACUUCUGUGUCCUUGAAAAAAAUACAAGUUUUGACUGGAAAAUAUAGUGUGCAUGUGAACUCUGCGCGGCUAUCAGCUAUGAGAGCUGAGCUUCAGGCAGAGUACAAAAGCAUUUUUACGAAAAAAUUAUUAUUAUUAUUUUUUUUGGUUGGAAAAGGGUGAGAGGGAUGAUAAAUUUAUAAUAGCCUUUGCUAUAAUUAAAAAUUAUAAAUUACAAUACAGAUUAAAAAGCUGUAGAAUUAAAUACUAGUAAAAAUGUCCUAAUAAAAAAAAUUAAAUAUUUGAAAAUAGAAGUUCAUUCAAAUUUCAGUAUCUUAUUCACCGAGGAUAAAAAAAUUGAAAUUAUAAAGAUAAGAAGAGAAUCUUUGAAAAAAAUAAGCUAUAACAACAGCCACAUAUAUGAGAUAUAUGUCAAUAAGAUCUUUAAAAAAACACUAGAUUGAAACCAAUAUCAAUCAAGUUUUUUUUAGCCCUUGGGUUUGGGUUUCAUACCUCCCAAGCUCUUCUUGUUUAGCAAAAGCAUCUCCUCUCUCCUCUGUAAUUUUGUCUCAUUUAUAGCCUCUAAGGUCUAAAUUUCUUCCUUUGACUCUUUAUCGGAGGGACUUUAUACCGUUUAUUAUUUGUCUCCGCUUAACUCAACACUUUUUUUACAUAACUAUCACAAAGCAAUACUUGAUCAUGAGAUGUAUCUCGCUAAUCUCUCUCCUCUUAUGAUGAUCUAUCUCUAGAGUUGCUUCUUCCCACUUAUCUCUUCAUCCUCAACCUCUCUCCCCUCCACCUUGGGAUUGAUAUGCCAUAACAUCAAAUGCUAAAUAUAAACCAAGGGAUUUUAGGGAGAGAACACCCAAAAAUUCACCUAUAACAAGAAAGAUAUAUUAUGCAACCUGCAAAAAAAUAACAAAAGCUUCUCCUGCUCAGCCGCUCUUAUCUCGAAGAAACUAAAGAGGCCACAAAUAUUACCAAAGAAUUAGAAGCUAGCCAAAAGGAAUUGGAGUUCUUUAUGGUCGGCUAUGACAUUGGUAAACAUCCCUUUUUUUAAUCACUUCUCGAAGUAGUUAAACGCAGUGGAAGCUCAAAGAUAACAUUUAACUCCUUACUCUUGCCAAAAACUUUUUCCUCUUUAAAUUUUUAUGGAGAAGACUUUUAAAGGAUUUGGAUCAAGUAUAAUGAUUAGCACAUUAUUUUUUCUCCAAUCAUCUUAUCCUCACAGCUCAUCCAUGGGGAGAGAAAAGUAUCUAAUGCUUUUAACUUUAUUGUGACUUGUGUUUAUGCAUCAAAUGAGCUUGGGAAAGAAAGAUCCUCUAGAAUUCCUUAUACAACAUAUCCUUCCCAUCUUUUUAGGUGGUUGGUUAUGAGCGACUUUAAUAGUUUCAUUUCCAUUCUUGAUAAUUUUGUGGAAAAUCCUAUCCCUCAUAGAAAAUUGAU